GUCAUAGAUUUUGUCACUGAUGAUAACAUUUGCAUUAAGGUCGUUUGGACUCCGCCCAAGUCUCAAGUACUGAUGAAAGACGUUCACUCAACUUCUGUUCUUCUGAGGUACAAUUAGCUAGCUAGUUAACAAUGGUGGCUUAAUUUCUCGAAAAAUGUAAAUCUACCAUCUCUGAUUGCACCAGAUUGCUGCUCACGGACAGAAGAGAUGGACUUCAACCACCAAUAGCCAGUAUCCUAUCAAGUGUCUUUGGAGGGAAGGCGGUAUCACGUCACCAAGGAGCAGCUUGAGUUCCUCAUAGAUUGUCAUAUGACCAUCAGACAAAUGGCAGAUGUUCUCAAUGUGUCGCACUCUGUGGGGUGGAGGAUUGUUAUCGAUGGUGCUGUGGAUGGUUACAGCAGACUUGUUGUGUUUCUGAAGGCCUCUGACAACAACAAGAGUGCCACAGUCAUGGAGUCAUUCGAAGCAGCCAUCACCAGCUACGGAGUACCAUCCCGGGUGAGAUGUGACCGGGUGGUGAAAACAACCAUAUCUGUGACUUCUGUGGAGCAGUUCAGGGGUGGUGAGAGGGAAAGUGCCCUCAGAGGAAGGAGCACUCACAACCUCAGAGGAAGGAGCACUCAUGGAGUCUCCAACAUUUACCAUAACCUGUUCACCUUCUUGGAGACGGAGCAGAUCAUCGACAUCAACAAUGAGGUGCACCUGUGGACACUGCACUUUGUGUUCCUGCCACAGGUGAACAGAGAUCUUGCUGUGUUUGCCAGUCAGUGGAACCACCAUGGGCUGAGGACUGAACAACGACAGUCACCUCUGCAGUUGUUCGUCUCGGGUUCCCUGGCAAUGCAGAGGACCAAUCUGACAGCAGUAAGGGAUUUGUUUACCCCAAAUUCAACCACCAUCAGCUCUCAAGCCACCACCUCAGCUCCUCCAACCCCCACCUCAGCUCCCCCAACCACUGGCACCGCAGCUCUUUAUUGGUCGGAAUGGGUGAUUGUGCCACAAAUCCAGUUCACCAUCAGCAACACACAGAUGGAACUGUUGCGGACAAUAAUUUCAUUGGAAGGCCCCAGAGGCAGCCUGGGAGUUAACAAUCUACAGAGGGUUAUGGCAGUUAUAUCUUCAGCGCCACUCGUUCCUACUCCAACCUGACUUACUACAUACACCCCUGAUACUCCCCUACUGGGAUGAGGGAUUGGACGCUAUAUCUUCAGUGCCACUCGUUCCUUUGAAUCAGUUCAUUUUUAUAAUACUAUUAUACAUUUUAUAAUACUAACAUUCCCCCUCUUUCACACACUGUAUGAUUUGGUCUCUAGAAAGGUACGAUAGACAUCUUCAACUCUAAACGAAUGGGGACCAGAGUUUGGACACAGGUGGCCUUAACUUUUGAAGUACUUCCCAUUCUGUCUGGUCAUAUUUGGAGAGAGUCAGGUACUGUUAAGAUAUACGGCCUAUGGUUAUUGUAUUUUGCUCUAUGGCGCUUUAGCACAGCAGUCCAUCUGCUGACACAAUAUUUGUCUUCCACUCAGUACAACACGACCCAGGAGAGGCCUACUGCAAGCACUGGUUUGGGGCCUUCAGAGCGCGCCUGCUGUGGGAGGACAACAGAACAUUCUGAAUGGACAUUAUUAAAACAGAACUUACCUUUUUGAAAUACCCAAUCGGGAUUUUUAUAAAUUGUUAAAAUAAAUAAUUGUGUGGAGAACGCCCUAUAGUUAAAAAAAUUAACUAUGAAGAAAGUGGUUCGCCCCUGUUACAUUUUAUAUAAUUGUGAUUAACAGCAACCUAUUGCGGUUAGUAACAUAAUAUUGUUGACACAUUGUGACAGCUCAAAUUAUCUGGUUGAAGAUGGACUAGUGCAGGGCUCCUAACCUUGUUCCUGGAGAGCUACUGUCUUGUAGGUUCACUUCCGACCCUAAUCUAGUGCACCUGAUUUUAAUAAUUACCUGCUUAAUAAGUUAAUGAGGUUAGUUACAACUGAGGUUGGAUUGAAAAACUACAUGAGGGUAGCUCUCCAGGAACAGGGUUGGAGAGCCUAGGACUAAUGGAUCUAGUUCUUAGAUCAAUGCAUUUGAAAUUCGAUAAGUCACUACGAAGGUGCAGUUCACAGAAGUGGAGCUGUCACAAUGCAGUGGAUGGGAAGCCUUAUUUCAUGUAGUUCUAAUUAAAUGAUAAUGGCUGAAGUUAAUUUGUUCUUAAUGUAGGACAUCAAAUUAUCAGAUUUAGAUAAGUUGGCUGCAAUAUGGCAGCAGUACUUCAGUCAAUAUCAGCAACGGUAUUGGUUAUUAGUGAAGUGUCAGUAAAGUGUUUCUAAAAAAAACUAAACCUUAACACCAAGACAAGCAAUAUGGAUUGUAUAAUUUCAUUUUAAUGAUCAUUAAGUGAACAAUAACAGCCAAUAUGGAAAUACAGUGCAUUUGGAAAGUAUUCAGACCCCUUGACUUUUUCCACAUUUUGUUACAUUAGAGCCUUAUUCUAAAAUGUAUUAAAUAAAUACAAAUGUAGGGUCAUACCCAAGAAGACUCUGGUGUAAUCGCUGCCAAAGGUGCUUCAGCAAAAUACUGAGUAUAGGGUCAUAAAUGUAAUAUUUCAUCUUUUUAUACAUUAGCAAAAAUGUCAACCUGUUUUUGCUUUCUUAUUAUGGGGUAUUGUGUGUAGAUUGAUGGGGAGGGGAGAGGGGGGGAAUGUGUAUCAAUUUUUGAAUAAGGCUG